AUGAGCAAAAUAGCCAAUUUCAGGCUUGAUCCUAGCUUUUGCCAAAAUUCGAAAAUUAGUCCAUUUUUCUCUAAAACGCUCUUGAUGAGAUGGAAUAAUCUAUGCGAGAACCCUAAAUCGACGCCACAAGACAUAUUAGAUACAUACAACCUAAGCCUUAUUUACAUCGCUACAAACAAGAACAUAAAACCUGAUGUCAUUCUCUAUGUUCGCGAAAUGCAAGAACAAGUUAAUCAUGCAAAAUAUUUGCAAACUAUUGGGGAUACAUUAAUAAAUAUAAGAAGAUUACAGGCAAAAAAAAGGGUAUUUAUAACGGACGAUACAAGAGAAGAUUUUCAAACCGCAAGAACUAAUGAUCGAAUGAACCAGGAAUCGGACAUUUAUGCUGAUUGGAAUAAUGAGGUUGACCAGCAAGUUCAUCCAGACAAUCAGGCAAUAAAUACCGACAAUGAGGAAUCACCUGACCACUUAUACCUUGAAUUAUGUGGAAGGAUGGUAUAUAUGUAUAUGAAGAGUUUGGGAGUUUCACAAUAG